CUAUUAAUAUAGAUGAUGCAAAAAAAGUUGAUAAAGCAUUAGAAGUUAGUCAACUUCUCGGCAAUAAUAUUAAAGAGUUAGCACAAGAUAUAAGCUUUAUAAAAAAUCAAAUAUUAAAUCAGGAUCAAAUUCAUUCGAAAAGGGUUGAUACGAGUGAAAUUCAUGCGGUAAAGGUUGAUCCGAAUAAAUAUCAAAAUCCAUGUAAAAAAUGUGAAGAGAGAUUAAAUAAUACAAGCAAAUUAGAAAACAAUGUUUGUUGGAUUGCCCCUGAACAUAUGAUGAAAAUCGAUGUGAAUUGUGCAAGAUAA